AUGCCUAUCUCCUCUCUACGUGGAAAUCUGGGUGCAGGAGGAGGCAAAGAGGAUGCUUCGAGCAUUUCAAGCGGCCCAGGAGCGGCCCAAAACGGCCAUGCCAACGCCGACCCGGGUGUGACGGCGGAAGGGCAGUUUCGUGAAGUUCUAGCGCAUACCGUGAAGCCGGUGAAUAAGAAGAGUGUGCUUCUGCAAGUCGCCGAAGCGGCGUUUGGCUGCGUCCGAAGUGGGGAGUACGCAUCAAAUGAAAUCCGAACGGCGAAAUACACGUUGCUAACCUUCGUACCGGUGAACCUCUUUCAGCAGUUUACUCGGAUCGCCAACCUAUACUUCCUCGUCGUGGCUGUGCUGCAACUCAUCCCCGGCCUAGCACCAACUUCGUGGUUCACCACGGUGGCACCUCUGGUCAUUGUGCUGGCCAUCAACGCUAUCAAGGAGAUUAUUGAUGAUUACUACCGCCACCUGAGCGACCGGGAAAUCAACGGUCGCAUCGCCACCGUGCUGGAGGAGGGCGGUCGUGAGACCCCGGUCACGUGGCGGGACCUGGCUGUGGGCGAUAUUGUUAAAGUGGCCAAUGACACGGAGUUCCCUGCGGACAUCGUGUUCCUGUCAUCCGCAGACCCCGGAAAUAUUUGCUACGUGGAAACAGCGAACCUGGAUGGUGAGACAAACUUGAAAAUGAAGAACUGCUUCUCAAAGACGGCCGGAAAAAGUCUGGCGGACGAAUUCAACAGCUUCGCUGCAGACUACUCCGUCCGCUGCGAGCUGCCCAAUCCUGAUCUGUACAAGUUCGACGGCGCAGUGGUGCGCCGGACGGAACCUGACGAUCCUCUUGCGCAGCUGCCAUUGACAGCCGAUAACCUGCUGCUCCGCGGCUGCACGCUUCGCAAGACCGACUGGGUGGUGGGUGUGGUGGUGUACACUGGACUGGAUUCCAAGAUUAUGAUGAACCGCACGCGCUCUCCACGCAAGGUGACGCAGCUGGAGAACCACAUGAACGUGCUGGUUGGCACCAUGUUUAUCCUGGUGUUCUUUAUCUCAGCGUUCAUGUCUAUGGGAGUGCAGAUCUGGGACAAGGCGCACGUGCGGGAGGACUGGUACCUGGGUUACAACGGGAAGUACCCAGACUACUAUCCGGGCUUCGCAUCUUGGGUGCUUGGGGUCAUUCGCUGGAUGAUUCUGCUCAACGGCGUCAUUCCCAUCUCCUUGUACGUGACACUGGAGAUUGUUAAGUUUUUACAGUGCAAAAUGAUUCUGGACCUGGAUCGUGAAAUGUACCACGCGGAAAGUGACACCCGCUUCUCCUGCCGCACUACUAACCUGAAUGAAGACCUAGGCCAGGUACAGUACGUUCUGUCGGACAAGACGGGGACCCUGACGCAGAACGUCAUGGGGUUUGUGUGGCUCUCCGCAGGGGAUGAGAUGUACGGCAAGCGGGACUGCAGGGGUGCUGACUUCCCCAGCCCCAGCCACAUCGACGAGGCCACCCCGCACUCGGUGUCGCUUGACCCCGACCUGCUGCGGGGCCUGGGAUUGGACCUCAGGCUCCUCGCGCAGCAGGGCUCUCUUGAGCUUCUGUUUUCCUCACGCCUGCAUGUUCUUCGCCCUCGCUUGCUCUUUGUCAUCGUCACCACCAUCACCAUCGUCAUCAUCGUCACCAUCAUCGCCCAACUAACCAUUGCAGCGCCUACCAAGACAAACAAGAGCAUGCGCGGCCAUGCCGGCAUCAUCCGCGCCGCCGCGACCAAGCCCCCUGACCCCGAGCUGGAGCGCUUCAUGCUAAACUUGGCGAUCUGCAACACGGUCGUCCCAGCCAUCAGCGACGAAGGGCACUUCGUGUACCAGGCCUCCUCCCCCGACGAGGAGGCGCUGGUGACAGGUGCGGCGUUCCUAGGCUACCGCCUAUACAGUCGUACUACAGACAAGGUGGUCGUGGAGAUUUUGCGGACGGGGGAGUACCGUCAGUACCAGGUGCUGGCGGUGCUAGAGUUUAACUCGGAUCGCAAGCGCAUGUCUGUCAUCGCUCGCUGCCCCGACGGCAAGAUCCGGCUCUUCUGCAAGGGCGCUGACACCAUGAUCAUGGCGCGGGUCAUGCCCAGGCAGCCACGCAGCUCCAACGUGCGCAACCACCUGGAGGAGAUGGCGCUGGCGGGCUACCGGACUUUGUGCGUCGCAGAAAAGGAAAUCACCGAGGCGGCAUAUAGCAAGUGGGCGACGCAGUACGACGCGGCCUGCGUGGCGCUCACGGACCGUGAGCACAAGGUUGCGCUUGCCAGCGAGGCAAUUGAGAAGGACAUGGAGCUGUUGGGGGCGACCGCGGUGGAGGACAAGCUACAGGACGGCGUGCCGGAAGCGAUUGAGGCGCUGCUAUCGGCGGGGGUCGGUGUCUGGGUUCUCACUGGCGACAAGGUGGAGACGGCGAUAGCCAUCGCGAUGUCAUGCCGGUUGUUUACGCAACAAAUGGCGCUGGUGGAGUUACGGGAGCGGGACUUCGAGAGGUUGGAUGAGGAGGCGGUUCUCCGCGGAAAGUACGAGGAGGCCUCCAUGGAACAAACUCGGCUCAAAAUGGAGCUGGGCAAUGACUGCGGCCCCAUGGUGGGGUUGGUGGUGGAGGGUGGGGCACUGGCGCGCCUGCUGACACCGGCGUAUGAGGGCCGGCUGCUGGACCUGUUCACAACUUGCAAGAGCGUGGUGUGCUGUCGUGUCACCCCCAAACAGAAAGCCGAGGUGGUCAAGCUGGUGCAGCGCCGCCGUAAGGCCAUUGUGCUGGCCAUCGGCGACGGGGCAAAUGAUGUCAGCAUGAUCCAGGCUGCGCAUAUCGGCUGCGGCAUCAGCGGCCGUGAGGGUCGAGCGGCGGUCAUGGCAUCGGACUUCGCAUUCGCGCAGUUCAAGUACGUGUCCCGCCUGAUCCUGCUACACGGCCGUGCCGCCUAUAAACGCAAUACGGAGGUGGUUUGGUACGCCUUCUACAAGAACUGGAUUUACAACCUGGUGCUCCUGUACUUCGGCUUCGUGACAGGCUUUUCUAGCCAGCCGCUUUUCACAUCGGGUCUCAUUGCCGUCUUCAACCUGUUCUUUACGUCAGCGCCUACGGUGGCGUUUGCGGUGCUGGAACAGGACGUUUCGAUGGCGACGGUACUGUCGGUACCGCAACUGUACACGGAGACCAUGACCGCCACUCGCAAGCAGUUCCUCAUGGAGCAGCUGUGGUGGCUAGUGCUGGCAACCUGGCACUCUCUCUGCAUCUACUUCCUGCCCGUAUACUCCAUGUCCAACCCCAAUAAGGACGGCUUAACCUAUGACUGGCAGAUGGUGGGCGCAACAGUGUACACGGGCAUCAUUAUGACGGUCAACCUCAAGAUUGCCCUCCGCACCCGGUAUUGGACCUGGAUAAACCACGUCUGCAUCUGGGCGUCCAUUGCCCUCUGGUGGCCUUAUGUUAUCGGCUACUCGGCAUUGUUUGAGGUGGUGCCGGUGGCGGGUGCGGCUGACAUGUCCGGGGUGGCCCUGGAUAUGAUGGGCGGACCGCACUUCUGGCUGACGUCGAUUAUGCUAGUACCGGCCAUCAGCCUGUUGCCCGAUAUCGCGCACAUGGCCUUUCAGCGCACCUUCGCGCCCAAGCCGUUCCAGAUCUACCAGGAGAUCGAAUGGCUUCAGGAGCUGGCGCCAGAGACUUCACGCACGCUAGGGUUGUCAGUGCCGCAGCCGGACGACGGGACGGCUUGCGAUCCCGGUGUGAUGGAGCUCGGGGAGCAGAACACAUAG